AUGGUUGAAAGACCACAAAACCGUCGGUUGAAGUAUUAUGUUAUUCCAUCGCAAGUAGAACUACAUAACAACAUUGUUGCCCCUGCCAUCGAUCGAAACAAUUUCGAGUUGAAACCUUCGCUUUUAUCAGCCAUUCAACAAAACCAAUUUUCAGGUAGUCCUACAGACGAUACUAACUUGCAUUUGUUAGUGUUUGUGCAGUACGCAAACACAAUAAAAGCAAAUGGUGUCAUUCAAGAAGCGAUUAGACUACAUCUUUUCCCUUUUUCCUUAAGAGAUAGAGCUAGAGCUUGGCUCCAAUCUCUACCUUCAAACUCUGUAACCACAUGGGAUGAGUUGAAAAAAGUCUUCUUAGCCCGAUAUUUUCCACCAAGCAAGACGGCUAUGCUAAGAGCUCAAAUAAAUGGAUUUAAGCAAAAAGAUAAUGAAUCUCUUUUCGACGCUUGGGAAAGAUACAAGGACAUGAUGAGAAUUUGUCCACACCAUGGACUAGAAGAAUGGCUGAUUAUCCAUACUUUCUACAAUGGUCUGCUGUAUAACACUAAGAUGAAUUUAAGCAUUGUCAUUGGCAGUGCUCUAAUGAAUAAACCGUAUGACGAAGCCUAUGAACUGAUAGAGAACAUGGCUCAAAAUCAUUUCCAAUUGGGAGGUGAAUAUGCUGCUGUAGAAAAAGCAACUCGAAGAGGAGGAAUAUACGAAGUUAAUGGCAUAGACUGUGUCAAUGCUAAAGUGGAUGUGUUUACUCAAAAGAUUGAAAGCUUGACCAUAACACCAGCAGCAACCAUAACUGCCAUAACACCAAACUGUGAAUUAUGUGGAACCCCUGGGCACACUAACGAUGAUUGUCAGUUAUUGGUUGGUGUUCCCACCAACCAAAUAAAUUAUGCUCAAGGAAACCCUUAUUCAAACACUUAUAAUCCUGGUUGGAGAAACCGUCUGAACUUUUCCUAUAAAAGUAACAAUGCUUUGUAUCCACCAAACUCAUCACCUGCUAUCCCACCUGACUAUCAGAAAGGAGCUCUAGUUGCUCCACAAGCACCUAGAAAGUCAAAUCUAGAGAUCAUGAUGGAAAACUUUAGAAAGUCAAAUCUAGAGAUCAUGAUAUGGCUACACAUAACAAAAUGUUAG